GUGUGUUCGUGUUCCGGUUUGCGCUGGAACUGCGGGGUAUCCGUAGGAACCGCCGUUCGCAUUUUAGCUUUCUGUUUUAAAGCUCCGCCGCAGCACAGCCAACCUCCGACGGGUCUCACUUCUGCAGUUUAAAGUUUCUCCAGUAAGACGAAAUGAGUGAUUCCGGUAAGGAUACAGUGGCUACUAAAGAGAAAGAUGGAGCAGAGAAAAGAGGACGUGGAAGACCACGAAAACACCCACAGCAGGAGCCGAGUGGGUCACCCACACCGAAGAGACCGAGAGGAAGACCAAAGGGCAGCAAAAACAAGCCCAGCUCCUUGACACCGAGGGGCAAAAAAGCAGCUCCGGCUUCGGCACCUGCAGGGACAAAACGCCGCGGACGACCCAAGAAAGCCGAGAAAGAGGAGCAGCCAUCCAAGUCCUCUGAGGAGGAGGAGGAAGAGGAGGAGGAAGAGGAACAGUAACCAGCAACUCGUGCUACCUCACAAUCCAACAUUAUUUCUUCCUGUUGACCAGAGCUGGACUGACACCCCCCCUCCCCCCUUCCCUUUACACUAGUGCCACCCUCGCCCUCCGACUCACCCUUACGCUCUAGCGCCCUCUAGUGUCAGGGAGGACAGCACACUUCAUGCGCCUUCUCUGUGUAACACCACUGGAAAAAGACUCCGAAUACUGUAUGUCCAUUCAUGGAUGCAUGCACAUGUGUAUGCACAUCUGUAUACGUCUCGCACUCAAUGGGUAAUUGGUCGAAAGCGUCUGUCAUUAUACUGGACAAAGAUAUGCUCUGAUGGCGGCUUGACACGAAGCGAUUUGCAAAAUACUGAAGUUUUCUCUUUCGCAAACCACAGGUUCAGGCCUUGAGAAUUCAAGAUUAUUUUUUACAAGUCAAAGUCUAAGAUAUUGGUAGGUUGUGUGAAAUUCAUGUCGUUGUGUACUGGACAAAGGUGAAUUGACCUACUCGUUUGUUUUUACUUGGGUUGUGUGUGUGUGUGUGUGGUAACUCGACGUCUCCAGUUAUACUUUUUAGCUACUCCGAUUCAAGCUAGAAAUAAAAUGAGCAUAUUUUUGAGUGAGCAUAAUCUAGAGGUCUUUUAACGUGUAAUCAACAUAUCAUUGACUGCUUUGUCCUGACUUUUUUUUUGUUUUUCAUAACUGCCUGCGCUGUCUCGCCACCUUCGUGAUCUCACUCUCCGCGAUACGGUUACCGGUGCGCGAACGCUUGCGUAGGCAGCUCGUGUUCAGUGUAGUUCAUCUUAGCGGAUAAUCUAAAGGAACCGAUUGCCUGAUGGGUUUUUAAUUUUGGAAGUGACUUGAUUUGUUUAACCUCCAGCUUAAGCAUGGCGGCCUGAUCCUUGUUCCAAGACUGCACCGCGAAUGAUUUAACGCCAGCAGUGCUUAUCAGCCCCACAUAAAUCUGUUAAUCUUGCAUGUUUUUUGUUCUUAAAUAGAAAACGCUAUAGAUCAUUCCAUUCGCUCUCUCUAUGUCCUUGCGAACUCCCUAGCCGUGUCACCUCUGUCCUGUAACAGUCCUGUUAGCGCUCUUAAUGCGUUUUUUUUUUUUUUUUUUUUUUGACGUGUUGAAUUCCAUGUCAGGGAACGCUGAUCGGUCCAGUGACUGGGUCUCCUCUCAGAACUUAAUGCUGCUACAAACAUGGUUAAUUAAACCCGGAAAACUGCAACCAGGUCAGUUCUACUCUGGACUUGACCGUCACAUUCAUACCUCACUUUACAACAGCCUAUGACGGAUUACUCUUCUCUCUUUCCUGACGACGUUCAGCUGGUCCCAGUGCAGUGUCUGAUCCACUUAUAACUGUCUCCAGUGUGGGAUUUUUGUUGCUUUUAUUUGUUUUAAACAGUUUUUUUUUUGUUUUCCAUAUAUAAACAUCUGGACAUGCCACAGGAAUUACUGCAUUGAGUCACAGAGAUGCAAAACAAGUUCAGACUGUGGUAGAAAUAUAGGUUUGUGUGUGUUAGUUUAUUUUUCUAUGCGUAUUCGUUUGGUGCACUGAAUUGACUUGAUUUGUUGUAUUAUGGACAAAAUGAUUUAGUGUGGCACCUAAAGGUUAGGGCUCUUUUCUCUCUCUCUCUCCUUCCUCUGUAAUAAACUACAUCCUGCUAGUUGCUUAGCUCUGAGCCCCAUUUAGUAGUUCAUGAUGGUACUAAGGCUGGUUUUAAACAUGCCCCCCUCAAUACUGAUGUCUUGUUUUUAUGUGCCCGUGCACAACUGGUUUGGGAUCAGUCUUUUCAAUGUAUACACUCUGCAUUUUCUAUUGUGGACUGCAGGAAUUUAUACUCAAAAUGGUAAUAAAGUUAAGAAUUCGUACA